CCCCUCCACAUAGAUGGCGCAGUUAUCUCCCGUGACGUCAUAACCUCCUCUGACCUUGAAGGACGUCUAUAUAUAAAGGUAAUCUGCCCUCUCCUCCCAGUGCCGGAACUGUCUUCCUCUGCUGAGAACGUCAACUCCUACAAAUUCUCAUCACGAUGCUGAGGGUGAUAUUGCUGUGCCUGGCGGUGGGGUCGACCCUUGCCCAGAAUACCAACAGUACCAACCAAGGAAACACUCGCAUCUUCGGUCUGGGUAACCUCCUCUCGGGCUUGACUGGGAACAGACCCAACAGACCCAACAGACCCUUCAACCAAGGAGGCUUCAACCAGGGAGGCUUCAAUCAAGGCUUCAACCCAGGGUUCAACCAGGGAGGCUUCAACCAGGGAGGCUUCAACCAGGGUGGCUUCAACCAAGGUUUCAACCCAGGAUUCAACCAGGGCGGUUUCAACCAAGGAGGUUUCAAUCAGCUUGGCAACUUGGUCGGCGGAAUCGCUGCGGGCAUCCUCGGCCAGUCCACCGGCUUCCGACCUCCCUUCAACGGAGGUUUCAACCAAUUCAAGCCAGGUCGUUGCCCCGCGGUGCGACCCCAGUGUCCGAACACAAGGUUUGGCGGGCCUCAGGUUUGCUUCAAUGACUUCGCUUGCACGGGUUCGGACAAGUGCUGCUUCGACACCUGUCUCAGGGAGCGUGUGUGCAAACCCAUCGUCUCUUUUGGGUAGUGAUUUUCUCUCCUCAUCGUGAUUACUUUGUGCGUGGGUGUGUUCGUAAAUACAGUUUUAUGUAUUUAAAAAAUAUAUAUAUGUAUGAAUAUGUU